UUUUGAGCUCCUCCAUGAGGCCCAAUCCACAGGAUAAAAAAACCCUGACUGAACCCUAAUCGGGGAACUCUCUCCAUUGCGCCUUCGGCACCAACUCCAGCCGCUCACUCCCUACAUUACACAGUCUCCCCUUUUUCUCUCCACACACACGACUCUGAUUCAAGAUAUUCCUCUCUCCCCCACCACAUACCGGACUCCUAAUUCCUCCCCCUCGACACUUCACCCUUUUUCAUUUUCUCUCUCAUCAUCUUCGAUCCAGGCACUUGGAACCUCUGUUCUUUGCAGCUGCCAUCGCUGUUCAACCUCCAGAUUAUUGAGAGUAAUAGGAGAAAAUCAGACUUCAAGAGGAGUUGUCUUCACCUUGAACCACCUCGCUUGGACCCGCUGCUGGUGUCCUCUCUGGUCGGAUCUUAUACCUGCUUCUACCGUUCCCGGCGUAGAUUAGGGUAAUCUUCUUCCGUUCUCAGGCAGGGUAACCGGACAUAUUGGAGUGAUCGGUCACACCGGCAGUAUGAUCGGUCAUACCGACAAUGUGAUCGGGUUCCCUAGUGCGGUAGAAGAGGGCGUUAGUGCAGAAAAGAGGGCGUUAGCAAUGAAAGAGGUAGAACAGCUGCGAAGAUCGGUCGCGCCGACGAGAUGGUCGGGACAGCCGAUAGUAUGAUCGGGGCAUGAGAAAGGAGUCUACCAUAGCAGAAGAAGUAAUGCAAUGCUGAAAUGUAGGGAUGUGAGCACAAAUUAGGGCGAAAGUCCCGCCGAAAUACCGGGGCACGUGAUCAGCAGUCGCGUGGUGGGGCGAGUUCCAUGGGAUCAUGGACCUCUGAACACGGACAGUUGCAGGAAAAUCUCAUGGAUCAUGGGCCACUAUGCAGGCAGUUAUAGCCCAUAUCUUAUAGUCCAUAUCCAAACUUAUCACCUAUAAAUAGGAGAGUAAGUAGUCAGGUUGCAGCUGUUCGGGUAAAGAGAGAUAAGAAUCCUGAAACACUCAGAUAAAGAAGUCCAGCAUGUCAUCGUAAUCCAUAGGCGAUCGGUGUCUUGGUUCCCAUCCAAAACAAUUAUAUAUUUUUAAUAAACUUUAAUUAAAACAUAUGUUAAAAAAUGUAUUGUUGGCGUUAAUAUAUAGAGUAAUUAUUAUAACGAUGUAAGAAAUCUUAUACCGCAUCUUGACACCUACCUAAUACCACUCCUUUCUCGUGCUUAGAAAGCAAUUUGAGCACAUUGAAUGGCGGUUCAGGAUGAGCAUCAUGACCCGAUGCCCAUGGUGCUUCCUUCUCUCUCUCCACCCAACACCUACCAUGCCGUCGUUAUCGGUGGCACCUUUGACCGAUUGCAUGACGGCCACCGUCUCUUCCUCACUGCUGCGGCCGAGGUGGCAAAGGGCCGGAUUGUAAUUGGAGUUUGCGACGGUCCUAUGCUGGCAAAGAAACAGUUUGCUGAACUGAUACAGCCAGUUGAAGAAAGGAUAAAUAAUGUCAAAAAUUUCAUUAAGUCUAUCAAGCCAGAUUUAGAAGUGCAAGCUGUACCAAUCACAGACCCCUUCGGCCCUUCCAUUGUAGAUGAAAAUUUAGAGGUUGUGAUUGUGAGCAAAGAAACACUACCGGGAGGAUUGGCAAUAAACAGAAAAAGAGCUGAAAGAGGCCUUUCCCUGUUGAAGAUUGAAGUUGUGGAUUUGCUUUCUGGAGAAUCAGGUGAAAUUAAACUGAGUUCAACGAUGCUACGGAAGAUUGAGGCUGAAAAGGCUAAACAACAAAACACGAUAUCGCAGACGUAGUUACACAGUAGAUGCCAAGAAACAGAGAUCUGCAUUUCCCCCAAACUUCAUACAUUCACUAGACAGUUAACACAUGAUGAUGACUGCUCUUGCCUGUAGGGAUACUGGUUUAUGUUUUGCAGGUUUUAAGUUCUCCUUUCACUAACAAAAUCCUAAAGCAUAUUCAAAAUUUCCAUCUAAAGUUGCAAAAAUAUAGAAUAUUUGUUUAAUACUUAUAUUUUCUUGUUCCAAGGCAGUGUAAACCUAGGAAGGGAUGGAAGUGUAUGGCUUCUAUUUCUGCUACUCCUAUUGCCAUGACAAUUGGAAAAACUACUUAUCUUGGUUUACCUUUGUGGAGUUGUGAUUCCUUAGUCAAGGAUAUCAUGACC